AUGAAGCCUCUACAUUUUGUCCUCUGGGUCUUGUCCCUUGCCAUGGUGUCAGCCCAAGAUAAAGCCCCAAUGCAAAUGGACGUACAGCGGGAUGCUUUUAAAAUAUCACAGAAGAUACCUCCCGUCCAUCCUUUAUUCCCAAAUAAAGAUUCGCAAUCUUUGGGCACAUCCUUUUCAGCGCCCUCAGCUGCGAUGAAACGCGCCGAAAGGCCCCCAAGCCAUUGCCUUCGGGCUAGGGAAUUUCCAGCGCAAUUUGACACCCUAUCGGUUAGCCUAAAAUUGGCUAAUAAAGAUUGGGCUGGAACCAAUUCAGAUGUCGAUAUCACCAUUACAGUUAACGAUAAGAAAAGGGUUCCAGCAUUUAAAGGCGACGUUAGCCCGAGCGUUAAUGCGCAUCAAACUAUCACAUUAAAAGCUGCAGAUUACUUUGGAGCAGAGAAAAUCAGCCUGACGGAUCUAAAAGAGUUGAAGAUCUACGCUUACCAUAAUGGUCACGCUUUUGACGCUUUCGAAGGAUUGAAGUUUGAGUUAGAAGGAGUUGUCCUGAUCGCCACCGACAACGAACGUGGUGUUUCGUACAAUAAUGUGCAAUAUGAGUCAAUAAAUGAAUGGAUCGCCCCGUCCUCGGAACCUCAACCGCGCAAAACAUGGAACCUGGACGACAGUCAGUGGCAUGCCAGCAAGCCUGGAAAGGCAAAUGCGUAUGGUAAAUGA